AUGCGAGCAACAGAUGGGUUUAGUGAAAGCAAUUUGCUUGGCAUGGGGAGUUUUGGUUCAGUUUAUAAAGGGACACUUACAGAUGGGAAGAUUUUAGCUGUAAAGGUAUUUAAUCUGCAACAAGAAACUGCUUUUAAGAGUUUUGACACAGAAUGCAUAAUAUUGCGCAACAUUCGCCACCGAAAUCUCACCAAAGUCAUUAGCAAUUGCUCUAACUUUGAUUUCAAGGCCUUGAUACUAGAGUACAUGCCUAAUGGGAGUCUUGAAAAGUGGUUGUAUUCACACAACUACUUCUUGGAUAUUUUGCAAAGAUUAGACAUAAUGAUAGAUGUGAUGUGUGCAUUGGCCUAUCUCCACCAUGAUUACUCAACGUGUGUGGUUCAUUGUGACCUCAAACCCAACAAUGUCCUUCUAGAUCAAGAUAUGGUUGCACAUGUCAGUGACUUCGGCAUUGCAAAGUCCUUAGAAAAGGGGGAGAGCAUUGCACUAACUAAGACUCUAGCCGCAUUUGGAUAUAUUGCACCAGUAUCCACAAGGUGUGAUGUCUACAGUUACGGCAUUAUGUUGAUGGAAACAUUUACAAGAAAGAAGCCCGUUGAUGAAAUAUUUACUGGAGGUAUGAGCUUCAAGAGUUGGGUAAACCAAUCGCUGCCCAAUGCAAUAAUUCAUGUCAUAGAUUCCAACUUGCUAAAGCCAGAGGAAGCACACUUCCCUGCAAAGCUGCAAUGUUUAUCGUCCCUCAUGGAAUUGGCCCAGAAUUGCUCUGCCGAAUCACCCCAAGAGAGGAUCAACAUGAAAGAUGCUCUAGUAGCACUCAAGAAGAUCAAACUUCAAUUACUCACAAAUUGCGAAGGGACUUAA